AUGAGUUUGCUGUGUUGUACCCUUUCACAAGAUCAAUUCAUAGGCCCCUCGGGACCUAGAGUAUUGCGUGUUCCCCUAUCGGCAACUGUCUCGGAAGCGUGUAACUCAGAAGGAUGGCUACUUGCUCACCCACGCAGUCAAGAGGCGCUUGACAUUCAAAUCCACCUAACCACAAUUGCUUUACCUCUAUCUGAGAUUGAUGAUGAAUAUGAAUGGAAGGUUGCAGGUAGCUCUACCUCGGUAUACUCGUCUGCAGCCACAUGGGAAUUUUUGAGGCCUAAAUCAGAAAAGAAAGCUUGGGUGGAUUGUGUUUGGUUCAAAGGUUCUAUUCCGAAACUGGCUUUUAAUAUGUGGAUUGCCAAUGCGGACAGGCUGCCUACAAGGGCAAGGCUGGCUUCAUGGGGACUCCAAAUCUCUACCACUUGUUGCCUCUGCUCUCGUGAAGUUGAAACAAGGGACCACCUCCUCCUCACUUGUUCCUACAGCAGGGAGGUCUGGGACCUCGUUCUCACCCGUUUGAACCCACCUUUGCAUGCCUUCCAUGACUGGAAUGAGUUACUCUCCUGGAUCAGAUCGACAACCACGCACAGCCCUAUUAUUCUCAAGAAGAUAGCGGUUCAGUCGACGGUCUACCAUCUAUGGAAGCAAAGAAACAAUGUAUAUCACAACAACUGCAUUAUCGCUCCAACGGUGAUUGCAAGAGGGAUAUACAGAAAUGUAGAGUACUCUUAG